AUAAAGCUGCCGGUCCAGGCCGGCACAAAGAGGAGCGAGUCGAGUGAAAAUACUGAAUACAGAAGUGAGUUGCGUUGUGUAAAAGUUGUGCUUCCGAAAUCGGAUCUGCAUCACCACCACCAUCUCCGUAUUCUUCGAAAUUAUUGAAAUAGAAGAAGAAAAAGGAAGAGGUAGAUAAGAAUGAUUGGGGUUGGGAAGAUCAAGCAGUACUCUAAUGUCCUCGACAAGCCCCUCAGCAAGGGCAAACAAGAGGUCAGUUUGAGUGCGUUUGCAUUCUUGUUUUCGGAGCUUGUGCAGUACAACCAGACACAGGUUGACAACAUUGCCGAGUUAGAACGAAGGCUGGAGGAUGCAGGAUAUGCUGUUGGGGCUCGAGUUCUGGAGCUACUUUGCCAUAGGGAUAAGGGAAACAGAAGGGAGACAAGGUUAUUGGGUAUCCUGUCUUUUGUGCAUAGCACUGUGUGGAAGGUGUUAUUUGGAAAGGUAGCCGAUUCCCUUGAGAAAGGCACUGAACAUGAAGAUGAGUACAUGAUUAGUGAGAAGGAGCUCCUUGUGAACCGAUUUAUUUCGAUUCCAAAAGACAUGGGAACCUUUAAUUGUGGAGCAUUUGUUGCUGGAAUUGUAAGGGGUGUUUUGGACGGUGCUGGUUUUCCAGCUGUAGUAACAGCUCAUUUUGUACCAGUGGAGGGUCAGCAACGACCUCGAACAACCAUUUUGAUAAAAUUUGCUGAAGAGGUACUACGAAGAGAAGCAAGGUUAGGUUGAUGCUCGUGGCAAGACUAUCCCAUUAUAGUUUACCCAGUGCUUCUCCAUAGUACAAUGAAGAAGGUUGAAGCUUACAGCUGCAUUGUCAAGCUAAUGAAAUUUCCACCUCUAAACUUAUCAAUCAGACUUGUGGCAAUUCAAAUUCCCACAUUGGUUAAUUCACUUUGUAAGCUAUGGCUCGAUGCUGAUUUGAAAGUAGCUACUAUUGUAAGUGUGGUUCAUCUAAACAAGGAAAGAAGUAGGCAAAGAAAAACAGUUUAUUUUCUGCGAAAAUUUUUGUUUAUAGGAACUCGAAUGACUGUUGGCCUUGUCUUGAAAGAAGCCUCAUUUUAUCCUCAAAAUGGUUAACAAA